AUGGUGGAUUUUGUUGCCCCUGCAGUAUUGAAAGGAGGGAUAAAAGGCUUGAAAAGGAAUUGUCAACUGUUUACUUGUAAAUAUGAAUAUGAUUGGGAAACAGCUCAGAUUCAUUAUUUAGUAGAUGUAACAAUGAUUAAAUCUAGUAGGAAUUCAGAAAACAUGGGCAAAAGGUAUCCUGAUGUGUUAGAUGAAAAUGAAAACACAUAUCAAAAAAGAAAUCAUUGA